GCUCUCCACCGCAGAACAUCUCUGCUUGAUUUUCCUGAUCGAUCAUUGGCAAUGAGGCUGCUGUUUUAUAUGCUCUCUACACUUUGACCAGAAUUAAAUGAUCGGAUUUUCUCUUUAGAGAAACAUUGGACUUGGAGAUUAGAAAAACAAUUAAUUGAUGAAAACACAAAUAACUAUUGGUUUAAUACUCUGAAGGACGUUAAUCGUCGUUCUGAAAUAGUUAACAAAGCAGAUUGGAUAAUAAAAAAGGUGUGUAGAAGUUUGCUUUGAUAGACAUGCUACAUUUGAGAUUGCUUGCUCAAUACUUCACAAUGGCUGCUGUUGUGAUUUGUCUCACCAUUAUCCUUCAAGUGUCUUAUCAAGUAUCGGCAUAUCAGAGAUUAGAUGAGCUCAAUGCAUUAGAGGCAUUAGAGGAAACAAUGGACAAUAAUGGUAUGUUUCAUCUAGAUAACAGCCAGGAAAACGCCUUCAACAGAAAAGAUGUUUUACCAACCGAUAAAAGAUAUGCCAGACUGUCUUACUACCAUGGUAACCGCGGACGAGGAAGAAACAGAUAUAAUCAGAAUCGCCGCCGACGUUUCAGAUAUUAUCGUUCCAGAUAUUACAAGAACUACUACACACCAUGGAAGAAUUUACCAGAUACAGAAUGUUUCAGACAAAAAUGUGAGUUCGACAAGGACUGUUGCCGAAGAUAUUCAAAAUGUGACAAGAGCGCAAACGUCUGUUAUAACUGUUGGUUUGGGCAUCCAUGUCGGACAUCGCGAGAUUGCUGUGAAAGAUACCCGUAUUGUAAUAAAAACACGUAUGGCGGACGGUGCCAAAACUAGUCCCAUUUCAGAAACUGAAAACAUUGAACGGUUUAUUUCUAGAUAUGGUGCUUAUAUUACUAUCAUCACCGUAUUUAUUUACAAGCGAAUUUACCAUCAUCACCGUAUAUACUCAUUUGCAACUGUGAAUAAACGUUGGCCUGAUAUUCGCCUGCCGUAAAUGUAACUUUCCUAUGGAAAAUGCUCAUUACAAUUGUAGUUAAUGGUGAAUUUCUAUAUCUGCUUAUCAUUUUUCUUAUGUGUAUCAUUUAUAUUUAUAAUGCGUUAUCACCAUUACCUUGUUUCAAACCGCUCUGCCGUGAAACGAACGAUCUAGGAUUUUGAGCCCGUUGAACAUCACAAAAAUGGUGACGUUUUAGAGAAACGUCAAAACUAAAAACUUUUAUAUCAAAUACAGGAGGAUGUAAUAUGCCAAAUGUCUCAUGUUUGCUGCAGUUGUAUGAAUGUCAAGUUGAGGUUAUUUGGUCAGUUGGAAAUAAAACGAUAUACAUUAUCAUAUGGAAGAAUUUAAAUCAACUGAAUAAAAUGAUUCUGACAAAUAUGUUAAUCAGAAUGGACAACUGAGAUGGCAAUUCUUCAAAGUUUCUGUUUAUACCGAACUGAUUAGAAACUAAGUAUACAUUUUAUAACAUACAUCUCAUGUGUGUAGUGUGUCAAAUAUCUUAUGGUUGCUUCGAUUGCACGAAUGUUAUGGUGACGUGUGUUUGAAUUUCAAAGCGGAUUUUAAAUCACCUGAAUAAAAUGAUUCUGAUAUGUUAAUUAGAACGGACAAAUAAUCUUACAUAUUUUUUUAAAAUCAAAUUAAAACAAAACAUUAAUCAUAUAUUAAAGAAACACAUAAUUAAAUGACCGUUUUUACUGUUUUAUUUUCCGUGAGCAAUACAAUGUUCAAGACAACAGACGCCAAGUUGUUCCCAAGCAGCAAAACAACACGACGCAUCCAAUUAGAGCCCAGAAGAUUUAAUAAUUUUAUCAAUUUGAAAUGCGGUUUAGGCAUCAUGUCUUAUCUAUGAACAAAAGUCAGUGCUGUACGACUUUCUACGCUGACUAAUAAUGUUGUCAAUAUACGAAUGAAUGCGUAAUAUUUAUCCAUUACACUAAAUAUAACAGGAAUUAAUGCCUUGCAAAAAUACUGUUUGAGUCAUGCUAAUUUAUUACAGGUAUAGUGUUCAUCUACAUUGAGAGUACGAACAUAUACAUUUUAAAGAACAUUUUUUGCAGGACGUGUGAUAAGACCGUGUAAAGAAAACAUUAUUGUCAUUCAUUUAUUUAUUGCACUAAUUAAUUGCUGUUUUUGUAUAUAUUUACAGUAACAAUUCAAAAGGCUUGCAUUUGUUAUUUUGACUUACUACAUUUCAUUCUAAUUGUAUGACGUGGUUUUAAGUUAUAUUUAUAGUUUUCGUUUUACAGUGUCAAACCAAAUAAUUAUGCAUAAAUCAAUGGAUAUGUAUACUAAAGUGUAUGCUAAUCUUUAUUUACUACUGUAUACAUAAGUACUUGCUUAUAUAGUAAAUUGAUAUUUUCAUUUACUUAAAUAUUUAAAACACUUUAUGGAAAAAAAUUGCAAUGACAAAAACUAUUAAAUUAAAUCUGCUGAUAAAAUGACCUACCAGAACCAUUAAAGCUGUGAAUAAACAUG